AUGAACUUCAUCAGCAAAACGAAAUUGUACUUUUCAGACAAAUAUAAGUUAUUGGCUUGCCUAAUCCCCAAAGUUGGUUGCACAAAUUUCAAGAAGGUAUUACUUGCCGCAGAAGGUCUUGUAAAUUCAUCAGAUGCCACUGAGUUCAAAUCAUCAUGCGUUCCGACAGACAAAUCCUCACCCGUGUUGAGUUUUAAAGAAUUCGCCACUCACGUCAGUUCAACAAAUGACAACAAUGAACACUGGCAGUUUUUCUACAAGCUAUGUUUGCCAUGCGCAAUAAAAUACGAUUUCAUUGCUAAGCUAGAAACAAUUUCUGACGACAUACCUUUCAUCAUGAAUACUAUUGGAAUGAGCAACAUGACAUUUCCUCAAAAUUAUCCGCCUCACAAACGAACUGACGAUGAAAAACUUGAGACAUAUUUCAAAGACAUACCGGAUGUACGAGGAUUAUUGGUUGAAAAAUACAAAUAUGACUUUGAAUUAUUCGGGUAUCCUCUAUUAUUCUGA